GUAAGCCCUCUUGAAUAGCCUAUUUAACAUAAUUCGACAUAAGUUUGUCUUUUGAUUAUCUUAUAAGUUAUACUAGAAAAUUAUUAAUGUUUUUUUCACUUCUUAUUGUGAUUACAGUUAGCUUAAAUUGCCUACAGUAAGCUUUCCAAUUUGAAAAUAGUAGGCUAUUUCAAUUUCAAAUAGGCCUAGUCCAUUUUAAUCCUAGGACAUCUGGUAAAUAAUGUUAAUACAAGUUAGUUAAAAUGACUAUAAUGCUAGUAAUACUUUUUGGACGUGUGUGAUUGUGUGUGUGUGUGUGUGUGUGUGUGUGUGUGUGUCUUAACGACAAUAAUAAUAAUAAUAAUAGUAGUAGUAAUAAAAAUCUCACAAUCAAACAAAUCACGCUUAAAGGGUAUUGUCAGAGAGAACAUGGCGGAGAUUUUCCAGACAGUUGGUGUGGGAACGCCACCUGGAACGCCCCGUCACGUGAUGUGAAUUUAGCCUGUGGGGGAAAACAUUGCCAAUUGUCUUGGCGCCAAUUGAAAUACACGGGACAAUCAUGCCGAAGAGUUGCUGUGUCGUUUUCUGUACCUCCAGUAAACUAACAAAUUAUGAAUUGAUGUUCUUCCUAAUAAACAUACAGAACCGGAAAGGAGGACAAAAUGGCUACAAGCAAUACAUUGUGAGGAUGAUCAAGGGAAGUUGUGGAAUCCCAAAACUAUGAGUCUCGACAAACUUCUUAACAAUUGCAAUGGACUGCUCCAGUAAGAAAGAAGAAAAUGCAGAUGAGGCUACUAGUGAAGACACUGAUGACAAACCGCAAACAUGUCCACAUUCUCUUGAGUCAAAUCAGAAGGAAGAAGUUUCCAGAUUACCAGGUGUUCCUGCACCAGGUAAAAUUUUAGUGCAGCUUAUUGGGACCAGUUCUGUUACUCUUGCAUGGGACAGUCCAGACAACAUAACUACAUUUGAGUUGACAUGCUUCAGUCCUAAAACAACAAAGACCUUCACUGUCACCAAUGUCACUGCCACAGAAGUAGAGGAUCUGUGUCCAGGGACUGAGUACACAUUCAGUCUUGUUUCAGUUUCAGAAAAUGGCAAUCGAAGUAUCAGAACUGAAGUGACUACAUGCACCAGGCCAGUCCCACCUGACAAAUUCAAGGCUAAGAGUGUGGGAUCCACCUCAGUGACUCUUGUUUGGGAUGCACCUGGCUGUGAGGAGAAAAAGUUUCAUAUAAUUUGCUACCAGAAUGGAAGAUUAAUUCAGGAACAGAAGACACAAUCCGGCAGUGUGGUUUUCAGUGACCUAAGUCCUGGGAAUAAGUACUCUUUUCACAAUACAAUAGUGCUUCCAAAUGGAUUUCUAAGCAAAGCAGCAGUCACAUACGCUCAAACCAAAACAGACAUUCAGAACCUCUUACAGGAUUUAGGGUUAGAGCAGCACUACUCAAACAAACUCUCACUUAAGGAUGUGCUGCAGAUUGACAUGAGGUCCGUGACCGAUGAGCCAGCCCAGUCUCAAUCAUCUUUACCAUGGCUAUUCCUGAAGAAACUGAUGAUGGUGAAUGUGACUGCAAGAAGUGUCAAAUAUUCAUGUAAUGAUGAAGACUGGUCAAGCUUGGAUAUUUACAAUGAUACAUUUGAUUUUCUUAAUGAUCAGAACAGCAGUGUGAACCCUUUAGACAUAGUGACCGCACUCUUUCUUUGUUCAGAUGGUUUCCUCCAACAGGAAAUGGUUUCAAAAAUGUCAAUGUGUCAGUUCUCUGUUCCUUUGCUUCUUCCAAACUCUGACACUCAACAGUGUAUGUUCAUGCUUUGGGCCAUGAGAGAUAUUGUGAAGAAAUUCAGACCUCAGUCCUUGUCAGAACAAAAAGGCUUUGUGGAGGAGAGAAUUGUUCACUUUGAGCUCCCCCUAGUUUCUUUUGUUAGACUUGGUGACUGCAGCAUUUCUAAAUCUCAGAUCUUAAACAAAUUGCUUAGCAACCCCCAGCAGUAUCAUGACACCUUUGUACAUCGAGAUAUGGAUUGUGGAGACAUUCCAAGAAAGAUAUCAAAUGGGUUAGUGGAGAUGAGUUGGUAUCUACCUUGUGGAAACAAAAACAUUGAUGUUUUUCCUGAACCAGUGGCUUUUGCAAACUUGAGAGGCGAUAUCAGUACCUUUGAAACACAGUACACCUUCCUAUGCCAGACCUCCACUGCCGUUUUUGUGUUCUUUGACAAUCUGGACACAAACUACAAGUUACUUACCAACCAACAUGCUAAAGCACAGUUUGUUUUAGUGGGCAAUAGACAGAGCAAAGCAUUUGAUUUGGAGCAGCUGAAAAGGACAGCCUCCGAAAUGAGUCUGAAGAAAAACAACAUCAUUUUGAAAAACAAUCAAAACGAUGCAUAUUUUGUCAAAAAUCUGCAUUCUACAGUAAAAUACAUAAUUAAUAAUCUCCCAAACAAAGCACGUCUGGAAGAAAUGGACACCAUAGCACAUGAACUCGGAAUUAAAGUUGAUGAAGACAUCAAAGAAUGUCAGAAGGCAAAAACAAAUGCAUACUUCAUAACAGAAAAAAUACUGGACUCAAUGCAGUUCAAACAGGAUCAGCUUCCCCUUCAGGGUAAAAUCUGGAAAGAUUUGGCAAAACUGGAGAAAGAGGAAUGCAGACUCCGGAAAGCUGGUGAUCAAAACCUAGAGGCAUACAAGAGUGAUCUUCAGAUCAAAAAGACUGAACUCAGGAAACAGCAGAGUAAAUAUGAUAUCUCAGAUGCCAUGUCCUGCUUUGUUAGUGCACUAUCCUGUUUAAAUCAGGAGAGAUCCUACUUCUUGAAGUGGAUGCGGAUGAACCUUGACAAUCUAUCCCGCAAAAACCUCUCUAGCCUCAGAGAAAAGUAUAAAGAAAAGUGUCAACAAUUUUCAGAAAACAAAGAGGAAAUUGCACGGCUUGACCAACAGAUCUCUAACAGUUCUUUAGGAGUAGAGCACUUCCUGCGUGAAAUGGGACAACUCUAUGAAGCUGCAGUGUCGCUUCCAGAAAACAUACAAUCACAUCAACAAAUGCUCCACUUACCCAGGCUAUGUGCUCAGCUGAUGUUGGAUGGCUUCCCUCUGGAACUGGUUGAUGGAGAUGCAUCAAAUAUUCCUCUCAGAUGGGUUAGUGAUGUGCUUCAUUAUCUGAACAUUUUGGUGCAGCCCAAUAAUAAAAUCAUAGUGGUUACAGUUUUGGGAGUCCAGAGUACAGGGAAGUCCACCUUGCUGAACACCAUGUUUGGAGUUCAGUUCGCAGUCAGCAGUGGACGAUGCACUAGAGGAGCUUUUAUGCAACUUAUUAGAGUCACAGAGGACAUCAAAAAUAAACUUGGCUGUGAUUUUUUAGUUGUAAUUGAUACUGAAGGUCUAAAAUCUCCAGAGCUGGCAAAACUAGAUGAUAGUCAUGAACAUGACAAUGAAUUAGCCACACUUGUUGUUGGUUUGAGUGAUAUUACAAUUAUCAAUAUUGCAAUGGAGAAUUCCACAGAGAUGAAGGAUGUUUUGCAGAUUGUGGUCCAUGCUUUCCUUAGAAUGAAAGAAAUAGGUAAAAAACCCAAGUGUCAGUUUGUCCACCAAAAUGUUGCUGAUGUAUCAGCCCAUGACAAGAACAUGAGAGAUCGAAAGCUUCUGCUGGAGCAGCUGAAUGAGAUGACAGAGGCAGCAGCUAAAAUGGAGAACAAGGAGGACUAUAAAAUGUUUACUGAUGUGAUGGAGUAUGAUCCAGAGACUUGCAAUUGGUAUAUUCCUGGACUCUGGCAUGGAAAUCCUCCAAUGGCACCAGUGAAUGCUGGCUACUCCGAGGCUGUCUAUGACUUUAAAAAGAACAUGACUGACAUAAUUGGAAAAUGUGAACUCAAAACAUCUGUGAACAACAUUGCAGAUUUUUUGGAGUGGACAAAAAGCUUGUGGAAUGCAGUCAAAUAUGAAAAUUUCAUAUUUAGUUUCAGGAAUAGCUUGGUGGCUGAUGCAUACAUGAGACUGUGCACAGAAUUUCAUAAAUGGGAGUGGUCUUUUAAGAAGCACAUGCACUCUUGGUUAACAGGAGCUGAAACCAGAGUGUCAAAUUUUGAGAUACUCAAACUUAAAGCAGACAAAUCAGACUUGAAAGAUCUUUUAUUUGGGCUAAAACAAGAAGCUGUCACAAAGCUUGACUCAAUGGAAAAGACCACAAUGGAACAUCUGUCCAAAUACUUUGAACAAACAGAAGGUCAUGUCUGUCUUGUGGAAAAAUACAAACAAGACUUUGUGAACAGUGUAAAAUCUCUCAGAAGGGAAACUGAGAGCUCUCUGCUGACACAGCUUGAAGCAACAGUGGAAAUCAGGAGAGGAAUGACAAAUUUGGACAAAAUCAAAAAAACAUUCACUGACACAAUGGAGAAAAAAGUGUGGGGCCUACUGGAAGAGUUACGCAAAAACAACAGCUCAAAUAGUGAUGCCUCUAUGACUGACAAUGAGCUUGACAGAUAUUUUGAAAAUAUAUGGCAAGAAACUGUCAACGAGCUGUCAUUUAAUGGACUGGAGAAAAAAAAUAUAUCUGCUUGCGUUUUCAGCCAACUUCGAAGGAACCUGAAUCAAAAGGGAAGUUCUGUUGCAGAGAAAUUAAUGAAAGUCGAUCUGAACAAUCAUGGCACAGGGGAGUUCAAAGCCAUCAAAGAAAGUUUCUUUAAGAAGUUGUUCAAACGUAUUAUCAAUGACAACUCUGCAAUGAACCUACAGAACUUGGCAGAUGAAAUAAUAGACACAUGCUUUCAAAUAGUCCAAGAAAAGUCAGAGGGACGUUUCGAUUACCAUGACACCUACAUUCAGGAAAUCAUAAACAAAAUUGAAGACAAACUGAUGUUAAACAAGCAUAUAGGAUUUUCAGAUGAAUUUGAACUAUCUCUCAAAUUGUACAUUUGUGGGUAUUCUGCAAAAGAAUUUCAACACAUGCAUGAUUGUUUCAUUAAGGAGAAUGACCCACGUAGAUGCCUUGGUCAGUAUAAAGAGAAAUAUCACAAUGAUUUCAAAGACCUAUUCAGUGAUCGCGAUCAGUGUCAAAAAAAGGCUGAAGAAUUCACUAAACUGUGCCUGAUUCCUGCAGUUGAGACAUUCAUCUACAGUUCCUUGGGUCCAGACAUUGUUGACAAAAUGAUUCAGGGUAAAAAUGCAUUUCAGUUCAGCACUCGUGGAUUUUUCCAGUACACACUCUUAAAGCAGCUGCUCAGAGAAGAUGCGUUUGAACAGUAUGUGAAGUACAUUUCCUCUUAUGAACGUUUUGUUAAGGGCUGGAUAUCAGAUGAAAUCACCAAACAGUUUACAAAUGACCAUGAAGUGUCUGAGUUGGAGGAACGUCACCUUAGAGGAAUCACCAAGGAGAUACUAGAAGCUGUCAAAAUGGCACAGAAUGAAACGUAUGACGAUGGGAUCAAAGGAUUCAUCCAGCGCAUAUGUAGGCAGCUUGGACAAAAGCUUAUAAUUCCCAAAGAUGCUCUAGAAAUAGUUAUGGUCUUAAACAAUGCUUCUCAACAACCAUUUGCUUGCUGGCUAACUAAAUCUGUAGAGGAGAUGGAACAGACACUAAAAGAAAAACUGAAGAAAAUCAACUUCAAGGAGAAACUGUCCAAACUCAAAAUGAAACCCCAGGAUGAGCUCUUCAAACGUGUGUUUGGAUGUGGGAAACAGUGUCCAUUCUGCAGAGCUCCAUGUGAGGCUGGUGGAGAAGCCCACUCUGAACACUGUGCUUCAGUUCAUAGACCUCAGGGACUUGGAUCCUGUGUGUUUGUAUACGAUAAAAAACUAGUGACAGACAUCUGCUCAACAGAUGUUCACAGUGAACAACAGUUCAAGUGUUUUGAGACUAAUUAUGACUAUCAUCCUUACAAAAGAUACAGAGAAAUCUUUCCUGACUGGCACAUCCCUGCUGAUGCUAGCAUUCAGGCCUCAGAUUACUGGAAAUAUGUGAUGGCCCGUUUCAACACAAAAUUUGCUGAAAAAUACAAUGCUUGCCCCGCUGAAAUACCCUUUGCUUGGAAAACAAUUAAAAAGGAGCAAGCAGAGAAGAGUUUAAAAGAAUCUUUCAGCAUCAAAUAAUUGUUUUCUCUCUCAAUAGUUGAUCUAAUGAUUGGGCAGCACUGUUUACUGAUUGUCACUGAACAGAAAAAAACAACAUUGUUUUACAAGUGUAUUGUCCUACCAUUCUCCUUUGUUUUAUGAUGAUAUUUAGCAGAUACACUGCAGAAAGUAUAUACUAUAUUAAUUUUUUUUGUGUUAUUAGUUUAGAAUUCUGAUACUAUCAAUAUAAAAUGAUUGCUUAAGCAUUGAUAUUAACGUAUUGCCAUAUUUGACUGCAUAUCAUAACCAAUGUAACAAAUCUGUGCUUUGGAAUAAAGUGGUUGGUAAAUGAUUACAUGUUACAGACUAUAAAUGAAACCGCUUUAAUCACACAGUAACUUAUAAAAAAACAUUAAAGAAAUCACAGAUGAACUAGGAUAAAGGAUAAAUUAUAUCUCAUCGAAAUGCUUAUACAAUCACAUAAAAAAAAUAACCUAGAAAAAUUAUUAUUUUAGAAAUAUGUUAACUGCUUUCUCAUGCUGCAUUUCAAUGUAAACAAACAUGGCCAUGCACAUAAGUAAUCAUCACUCACCAGUCUUAUUGAUGAUAAAACAAUCGUUAUAAAAAUGUUAGAUCUGGUUUGCAAAUUAAAUUAAUAAACAGCACUGAGAUUUUGA